CUUAAAUUGGGUGGAGCUUUACCCACGUGUAUGUACUGGGAGUAGCCUAGUAGGUGGAAUUACAAGUAUAAAUGGCUGUGAAUGUUCCCAAAGAAGCUCCUGAGGUAACGAGUCUUAAGAAAGAUGUACUGGAUAAAGCUGAGAACAGUAUAAUUAAUGUAUUUCCAAAGAAAAUACAAGAACUUGGUGAAGUAUUGCAAGGAUCAAUGUUUUCAUUGUCUGAUCCAUCUCAGAUUCAUUGUGAGCUCAAUAUUCCUUCCCAGUUGACCACACCCACUAAUAACUGCAACGGAGAUCCCAGCAAUGAAUUGGGUAGUAAGAAGCGUAAAUUAGAUACUGACCGUACUGUAGCUGAUGUGUACGGUAACUUGAUACAGCAACCUGACGGUCAGAAAGUGGUUCCAUCAUUUAAUGAGGUCAUUGGUUGUAAUCCGAAACUGGAGACAAUAGUUGAUUAUCUUAAGCCACAGAUAAUAACAGUUAUUAAACACUGCAGCAAUAUAAAGCUGUGGAUUCAAUUAAUGAUUCCAAAGAUUGAAGAUGGAAAUAACUUUGGAGUAUCCAUUCAAGAGGAUAUUCUUUCUGAAGUGACUAAAGCUGAAUCUGAUGCCAGUUCAUAUUUGGAUCAGACCACACGGUAUUUCAGCUGUCGUGCUCAAAUGCUAAAGAAACUCAUAAAAUAUCCUCACCUGACUGAUUUUCGCCGAGCUAUCAAUGAAUACGAUGAGAAAGUGUUUUUUAGUUUUCAACUGAUUUUAACGGAAUUACGCAAUAUAUAUGUUGUAUUGUAUGAUGUAAUCAUAAAGAAUUAUUUGAAAUUAAAGACACCUCGUUCCACCAACAGCAGCUCCCUCUACUAACAGCAGAAGAAUAAUCUUCACUUAUUUUACCUAACAAUAAUAAUUAUUAGUAAUAAAAAU